AUGUUUCGCGCCGCAGCUCCCGGGCCUUUUGACGAGGCUGUCGCCAAGGCGACUGACGAGAACUCGACAUCCGAGGACUGGGCCGCGAUCAUCGAGGUCUGCGACCGGGUGACAGCCGAUGCCACCAACGGCCCCAAGGAGGCGGUGCAGAGCCUGAUUAAGCGGCUCGCCCAUCGCAAUGCCAACGUGCAGCUCUACACGCUGGAGCUGGCCAACGCGCUGAGUCAAAACUGCGGCACGCCUCUGCAUCGCGAGUUAGCAUCGCGCGCCUUCACCGACGCCCUCCUCAAGCUGGCCAACGACCGCAACACGCACAACCUGGUGCGGCUCAAGAUCCUCGAGCGCAUGAAGGAGUGGACGGAGAUGUUCCGCAGCAACACCGACCUGGGCAUUAUGCAGGACGCCUAUGUGCGACUCCAGCAGGCACAGCCGCAGCUGCAGCCGCCGCCGUCGGCCCCGCAGAAGAAUAGUCUCACCGACCUCGACCGACAACGGGAGGAGGAGGAUCUGCAGCGGGCGCUGAAGCUGUCGCUCGAAGACGACGAGUCCAAAAAAGUCGUGGGCGCGUCAGGCGGCGCAUCGGCUGCUGCGGCUGGCAGAUCGGCUGCAGGCGCGAGCAGCAGCGGUCCCGCUGGCCCUGCCGAGAUGCCCGGAGCGUCGGACUCUGGCGCGCCUCCUCAGGGCUCGACAGCGGCGACGGUGUCCCGCGUCCGGGCGCUCUUCGAUUUUGCCGCGUCCGAGCCCGACGAGCUCGACUUCAAGAAGGGCGACGUGAUCGCCGUGCUCGAGUCGGUUUACCGUGACUGGUGGCGUGGUUCGCUCAAGGGUCGUACGGGCAUCUUCCCGCUCAACUACGUGGAGAUCCUGGCUGACCCGUCGCCCGAUGAGCUGCAGCGUGAGGCGCAGAUGGAGGCCGAGGUCUUUGCUGAGAUCAAGAACGUGGAGAAGCUGCUGACCCUCCUGAGCGCUUCCAACGUGGGAUCCCGGGAGGAGGACAGUGACGAGAUUUCGACGCUGGCCAUCCGGCCGAAGCUGAUCAAGCUGAUCGAGAAGUACUCGCAGAAAAAGGACGAUUUCACCCAGCUCAACGAGAAGUUUAUCAAGGCGCGGCGUGACUAUGAGGCCCUGCUGGAGUCAUCCAUGGCCCAUCCGCCACAGCACAGCUACCAACAGUACGCGAUACGGCCGCAGGUGCAGCAACAGGGCUAUGCUGCUGGCCCUGGCGGCCUGACCGGCUAUGCAGCUCCGACCGGCCCGCCAGAUCAGAGAUACUACACUCCAGGACCACGACAGGACCAAGCCAACUUCCAGCGGCCAGGCGCUACCGCGACCCCUGUGCCGUUCUACCUGGCCAACAGCGACGUCCAGUCGGCACAAGCAGCACCACAGCAGCAGCAGUCCUCCCAGCAGCAGUUGCCUCCUCAACAACAGUCGCCACAACAGCAGCAGCAACAGCAGCAACAGCAGCAAGCCUACCUGAGCCAAAGCCAACAACACCAUCGGAUUCCAUCGGGCGGCAACGGUGGCUUAAAGCAGCCGUCGCCUCUCCAGACCAACGUUUCGGCCCAGCAGCCGGCCACAAGCUCAUACAUGCCCUAUCAUCCACAACAAGCGCCGAUGGCUGGCGGUCCCCAGAGCACCCAUGGCAACCCACAGGAGCUCUCGACUUCUGCCUACGACUCUCCCGUCGUAUCACACAGCGCCAGCACUGAACCUGCCUCUGCGGCCACCUACACGUCCUCGGUCCACUCUCCGGACCAGUUUGCUCCCUCGGGCCCGACGCCCGGCAGUCCUUCGCCUGAUAACGCCCCGAGGCUGCCGACCAGCUACCCUGCUUACGUCAGCUAUUCGCAUCCACCGACAGCACAGGCUCCGUAUUCUUCGGUUCCCGAGGCGCCGACAACGGCCACACCAGCACCACCGACGACUUCGCCGCCACCUGCUCCUGACAACUACUACGAUGCCCGGCAGAGGCUGCCAAGCAUCCCAGCGAGCGCCAACGUGCCAGCGGCACUGUCAGUACCGUCAGCACCGCCGGCACCGUCGGCACCGUCGGCACCGUCAGGGCCCUCGGCACCAGCCGUUCCUGGCGCCUCGAUCGACCAGCCGCAGUACCGGGCGUACAUGCCGUCUACCAAUGCACCUACGGCACCGGGCGGCCCGGUUGCGGACGACUACUACCGUCGGACGGGUCGUGUGAGCUACUGA